GCGCAGCCUUUCUCCCGGCCAUUGGAUACUUCUCCCGGCCAUUGGAUACUAUGCACUAACAUGUCCCUCACCUCCUUCUCCAUUCAAGAUAUCCUUGCGCGGACCGGAGGCAAUAGGGGCAAAGACACGAGAACUGAUGGGAAUAAUAUCUCUCCGCCGCCCUCUCCCAGCGCUGAUGAGGGGCACAAUGAAUGGCCGCGGGCGGAGAACCCGCCACUGACUCCGGAGAAAGAGAAAACGGACACAGACUCAGGGACAGAGGACUUCCACUGGGAGCGGGACACAGAAACAGCCAACAAUGGUGCUUUUACAGAUCCUUCUUCUGGGGACAGACUGGCAGACAGCCCCAAGUCCAGUAAGAAGAGGUCUCGGGCUGCUUUUUCUCAUGCUCAGGUUUAUGAACUGGAGAGGAGGUUCAGCCUGCAGCGGUACCUCUCUGGGCCUGAAAGGGCAGACCUGGCAGCUUCUCUCAAACUCACAGAGACCCAAGUAAAGAUUUGGUUUCAGAACCGGCGGUACAAGACCAAGAGGAAGCUGAUUGCCACCCAGACAGCACCAAAGUCCUCUCUUGUUCCAACCAGAAAGGUGGCAGUCAGGGUGCUGGUAAAGGAUGACCAGAGACAAUAUUGCCCUGAGGAUAUGCUGAGCCCAUCCCUUCUCUCUUUAUACCAUGCAUACCAGUAUUAUCCAUACAUGUACUGUCUGCCAGCCUGGGUACCCCACCUUCCACUUUGA